AUGGUGGAGGACGGCGGCGAGGAGGAGGCGGAGGGGGAGAGCGGGGCGAUGCCGGCGGCCGCGGCCCCGCCGCAGCGCUGCAAUGGCUUCCUGCCCGGCAAGGAGGCGGCGGGCGGCGGCCGGGCGGCCCCGGAGGGCGGCGGGGAGCAGCCGGCCCCGGAGGCCGAGGCGAUGCUGGCGGCGGGCGGCGGGCGGCCGGAGGCGCGGAUGGAGACGCGGCUGUCGCGGCGGCGGCUGGCGGUGCUGGCCGUUUUCAGCUGCUACUCGCUGGUGAACGCCUUCCAGUGGAUCCAGUACAGCAUCCUCAGCAACGUCUUCGCCGGCUUCUACGGCGUCACCUUCCCGCAGAUCGACUGGCUGUCCAUGGUGUACAUGGUGGCCUACGUGCCGCUGAUCCUGCCGGCCACCUGGCUGCUGGAUGCCCGCGGGCUGCGCCUCACGGCGCUGCUGGGCGCGGGGCUCAACGCGCUGGGCGCCUGGCUCAAGUGCGGCAGCCUGGCCCCACAGCGCUACCCGCUCACCCUGGCCGCUCAGGCCGUCUGCGCCGUGGCCCAGGUCUUCAUCCUGGGGCUGCCCUCCCGCAUCGCCUCCGUCUGGUUCGGCCCCACCGAGGUCUCCACCGCCUGCGCCGUGGCCGUGCUGGGCAACCAGCUUGGUACUGCGAUUGGCUUUUUGUUGCCACCUGUUUUGGUCCCAAAUACACCGAAUGACAUUGAUCUUAUGGCACAUAACAUUGGCAUCAUGUUCUACGGCACAGCGAUAGUGUCCACGCUUUUGUUCUUCUUAACAGGCGUUGUGUUUGAAGAAAAGCCCAAAUACCCUCCCAGUCACUCUCAAGCAGUCCUGCAAACUAAACCUCCUGAGGAUUACUCCUACAAGCAGUCCAUUAUUAACUUGUUCAAAAAUAUCCCAUUUAUACUUUUGCUAAUCAGUUAUGGUAUUAUGACUGGGGCAUUUUAUUCUGUCUCCACAUUAUUAAACCAGAUGAUAGUAACUCAUUAUGAGGGAGAAGAAGUGAACGCUGGGAGAAUUGGCUUGACACUGGUGGUGGCAGGAAUGGUGGGUUCGAUUAUUUGUGGUUUGUGGCUGGAUUACACUAAAACAUACAAGCAAACUACUUUGAUUGUUUACAUUCUCUCUUUCAUUGGGAUGCUGGUAUUUACCUUCACCCUGGACCUCGGAUACCUUAUGGUGGUGUUUGUGACUGGAGGAGUGCUUGGGUUCUUCAUGACUGGCUAUCUUCCACUUGGGUUUGAAUUUGCUGUGGAAAUUACAUAUCCAGAGUCUGAAGGCACUUCCUCAGGUCUCCUCAAUGCAUCAGCACAGAUAUUUGGAAUUGUCUUUACACUUGUUCAAGGAAAGCUCACAAUGGACUACAGUCCUCGUGCGGGAAACAUCUUUCUUUGUGCUUGGAUUUUUGUGGGCAUUAUUUUAACAGCCUUAAUAAAAUCAGAUUUGCGAAGACACAAUGUGAAUUCAGGGAUUAUGAACUUGGACAUUAAAGCUGUACCAGUUGACAGUCCUGUAGAACCUGAAAGCACUAUGUUAAAGAUUCAGUCAGCUUUAUGAAGCCGAAGGAAGGUGACUUAGGAACGCACAAGUUUGGUUAGAUACAGAACAAUGUGAGCUAGUGUAAUCACUGGAUUUGUGUGUACGAGUAGUAAAAUGUGUUUGUUGAUAGUGGUGGUAGUUGUGUGUUGGAAGCUAUGAAGAUUCUCAGUGCAUUUUGCCCAAGAUGCAAACAAUUCACCUUUGUAUGGAGUAUUUAUUUCAACAUUUUCAAGUUUUGCAGUUUCAUUAGUAAAGAACGGUGUGAACACUCUCCACAGUAGGGAGACGUGCAUUCAGGAUGCAUACUUGAAAAAAAUCAGGAAUCUUGAAGUACAGUUGUCAUGAGCAGAAAUUUCUAAUCUUCUUUUCUUGUUCAGUCUUGCUGGUGCAUUUGAAAAGUCAAAGAGGAGGGAGAUGCACAGCAGGAGGAUGUUCAUGAGUUCAUUUUUUAUUUUAAAUGUAUCUGUGUUUGAAUAUAAGCCAAUGAUUCCUUCUGGGAAAGUGAUAGCACAAUACUGAAAACAAGAGAUGACGUGUGUGUUUCAUACUGGCAUCUGACAUUUAUUUUGCCUUGAAACUUCUUUAUAGGUAUCAGAAGGCAGACAAGAGAGAACGCUGUUCUUGCUAUAGCUUCAUUGUAGCAUUUCUGGGGAGAUUUAAAAAGUUUCUCGCUAGAUAAAUUGGAGAAAAACAGUUCUCUUGUUAAAUGGUGCAGUAAAAAGGAGGACAAAGGCCUUUGAUAUCUCUGUUGUGAAAUAUUUAUAAGCAAUGGAACACUAACACACAAGUUUCCUCCAUGGAAUAUUUUGAGUGCUUUCUCAUUUAAAGAGAAAGGAGUAUGUGUUUACAAAGAGCCAGUGCCUUUACUUUGUAAAGAAGAUCCCUGCCUCAUCUUGAGUUUAAUCAGUGCUGCUGAAGAAAUUCCAUUUUAUGUGUUAAACCUCUGAAUAUUUGUGGAGUGUCAGAAAAUGUGUUCUGUCUUUUUAUGAAUUGUAUCACUUGUCACAUAUGAAAUUCCUGUGCUUAUGUAACUUAAAUCAUGUCUUUUGCAGUUUGUUAAAAGCUGUAAGGAUGACUGAAAGGAAAAUAGUGAUAUUUUCUCUUUCUUUGAUCAAAUACUUUCUUUUAUACCAUCUUAGCUGCAAAAUGAGCAGACUUCAUUCGCAGUAAUUUUUUGUUACUUCAUUUAUCUGUAUUUGGGAUGGAGGUUUCUCACUGUAGUGCUUUUGAAAAUUUUCUCCUUUACCUUAUGCUCCAUCUACACUCUCACAAAUCUGACCGCACUACAGUAAUACUAUUGCUGGGAAGGUCAAACCUGGGUUAGUGGACUUUUUGGAAACAUUUAAUUUUUAGCUCAGCAAAGUGAGCGUGCAAGUUCAGUGCCAUCAAUGACGCUGUGUCUUUGAGUUCCCACAGAUGCAAUGCCAUUCAGAAGGUGGAAACCUACUUGAAGUUUUCCCCAGAUUGUUACAGCUGGGGAGGGGCAUUAUUGAACUCUGUGCUAGUUAAUCUUCCUCACAGUGGCUGUCAUGGGGCUGUGUUUUGGAUUUGUGCUGAACAUAGGGCUGAUAAUACAGAGAUGUUUUCAUCGUUGCUGAGCAGGGCUUACACAGAGCCAAGGCUUUCCUGCUUUCCUCAUGUCAGAAAAGGUGAGGAAGUUGCGAAUGCGUGGGAGAUUGGGAGGAGACACAGCCAGGACAGGUGACCUUGACUGACCAUAAGGGAUAUUCCAGACCAUGUGGCAUCAUGCUCAGUGUAUACAGGGGUGGGGGGAAGAAGGAAGGGAGGGAUGUUUGGAGUGAUGAUGAUUUCUUCCCAGGCAGCCAUUGCAUUUGAUGGGGAUGGCUGAGCACCUGCCCACCCAUGGGAAUCAGUGAAUUAAUUCCUUGUUUUUCUUUGCCUGUGUGUGUGGCUUCUGCUUUCCCUAAUAGGUUGUCUUUAUCUCAACCCAUGAGUUUUCCAGCUUUUACCCUUGUGAUUCUGUCCUCAAUCACAUUGAUGGGGAAGGGAGCGUGUAAGUGGCUGCCUGGGGCUUGGUGGAUGGCUUGGGUAAACAACAACAAACUCCAAGAGAGUCUCCAAGUACAAUAAAUAUAAUUAAAAGCUUUUUUUCCCCCUUAUUUCACUGUAGACUCAGGAAAAUCCUUUUGUAUAAAAAGGGCCCUGAGAACUUAUCUUUCUAAGCUUAAAUCUGUCUUGGUUUGGAGAGACUGGUGUCUGCCAGGGAAAAGCCAGAGCCUUCCUUGGAAUGGAGAAUGUAAACCCCCUUCCUCCGAAUUAUUAUAAUUUUGAAAUUAAGGGGCUUUCAGGCAAAGAUAUGGGGAUAGGAAUAACAGUUCUUUACUAGGAAUAUUAAAAAUACAAUUGUAGUAGUACAAAAAAACCAACCAAACAAGAAAACACUGACAGAGUCAGAAUACAACCUGACAUCCUGUUGGUCAGGGUGUUGGUAGCAGUCCAGUUAAGUUCUCCUGGAGUGACAGAUAUGGCUCUGUUUGAGAAGAGAUGAUCCUGUAGAAGGGUGUAAUUUUCCUCUGAAGAUCUAAUGGUGGUAAGAUGAGUUCAGUCUUCCUCUGAGAAUCCAGUGGAAACAGGCUGUCCUGGUGUUCUCAGGUUUUAUCUAGGUAGGAAUGCUUGUCUUCUCUCACUGGGUGGAGCAUCUCACUAUGGAAUGAUCUAAUUUUAUCAGUCAUGCAGUGAGCCUUAAUGGCCCAUUAACAGAUGAUAUCCCCCGAGGGAGGAUGGGCUCUGGAAGAGAUAAGGAACAUUGCUCCACCUGGUUUUAACAGCAGGCCCAUUAACAGAAGUCACCUGCCCACUCCCCCCCGGAGUUAUGAGGAAUGGGUCAUACAAGAGAUAGAGAAAACAUCUCCCCAACCAAUUUCAACAGAUGGAAAUAGAAUACACAUUUUUGGUUACAUAUUGCAUUGCAACCCAAGACAGCUUAGGCUCUAAAGGUGAUGAUCUUGAUUUAAACACUUAGUAUGAUAAAUGCUUUGGACAGGCGUGUCGCUAGAGGACAUGAAAAUAAACAAUACUCACACUUGAGUUGUCAGGGCAAAAAGAAGGGAAGUUUAUUUACAUGACCUCGCUUAGAUAGAUUCUGGACAAUGACCAGGGAUUGGAGAACAUGGUUGCCAGCUCUCCACUCCUCCUGGCCAGACUAGAAAUCCAUCAAUUGUCCCUCAUCAGAGAGGAAUGCGAAAACAACCACUUAGUUUAUGUUACAAGUGUGAGAAACUCCACUACAAAAAUGUAAACAAUCAGAAGGCUAAGACUCAAAACGACACAGAGGAAGACCUAUCAGAAUAAACUAAGCACACUUGGAACACUUGCCUUGCCAAAGAGGGUUCACGUCUCUUUGCCAGGUCCAGUGCUAGGGAGAAAAUGGCCAGGAAUAUCCUGGCUGCUCCUGGAGAGGUGAGCUCUAGAAGAGUCCAUGGCUGAAGUAGCUGGAUAUAGGAAAAGUAACUCUUGGCUAUACAAAUGGCAGGCAAGGAUAUAGGACUGAAAGUAGAGAGGCUUUUGUUAUGUCAGUCAUUUAUAUGGAAGCUGCCCCAUCAAGGGAUGUACAUGUUUUCAAUACUAGUGAAAAAAGUGAAAGUUUCUGCCUUGUGACAUAUGUGGGUGGUUUUCCCCUUUGGAAAAAAAAUAAUAAAAUGUACCUAUAUAUAUAUAUAUAUAUAUAUAUAUAUAUGUUUUUCAGCAGGAUAUCGAUACAGAAAAUAUUUAUGUUCAUGGCCCGUGGUUGCUUUGACUUCUGGUGUUGCAAAAUCUUAACAAGAUAAUAUUUUUGUAGUUUGGGGAAUUGUUUUCAAUUGUCCAGCCGAAAGUCUUUGUCAGUGUCCAGGGUGUUUGCUGACCUGUUCAGCACACACUAUUCAAAAUCAAAGAUUUAGUCUUUUUCUUUCUUUCUUAAAAUUUACUUUUUCAAUUCUUUUCUUCACUGCUAGUUUCCAGUUUCUUUAGUUAAGUUCAGCUGAUUAUUGAAAAAGUAUUAUAGUUCUGGCUCCUUGUGUUUUUUAUCUUCUGCCAAAUUUCUUGGCUACCUUCUGAAAAGGUUGAGACAAGAUUUUGGCUUGUUGGAAACCCUGCUGGGUCCCUGAAAAGAAAAUGUUCCUAAUAAUGAAGGCUUAAUUACAUCCUGGAUUUAAUAUUCCCCUUCUAAAAGGAGCUUGAGAUUUGGAAACAUGUGAGCUAUUUUCAGGCAAUGAUUUAAGCGAAAGGCUCAGCAGCAGAAUAAUGAGCAAAUAAAGAGCUAAUCAGUAUUUUUUAUGCAAUAGCUUUAUCAUUUACCAAGAAACUUGGGUUCUAGCUCAUGGCAGAAAUAAAUUUGGAGUAGUUGAGGCUUUGUGGUUUUUGCUUUUAACUUUUGGGUUUUAGCAGAUUGCAUCCAUUCAGUCAAACAUAGAAUCAUAGAAUGUUAAGAGGUUGGAAGGGACCUUAAAAAUCAUCUGGUCCCAACCCACCUGCCAUGGGCAUGGGUAUCUCCCACUAGACCAGGUUGCUCAAAGCUCUAUCCAGCCUGGCCUUGAACAUUUACGGAGAUGGGGUGUCCACAGCCUGCCUGGGCAACGUGUUCCGUUGUGUUACCACCCUCACAGUGAAAAAUUUAUUCCUGAUAUCUAAAUUAAAUUUCCUCUCUUUCAGUUUGUGCCCAUUCCCUCUUGUCCUAUCACUAUAAUUCCUGACAAAGAGUCCCUUCCACUUCCCUGUAGUCCGUCUUCAGAUAUUGGAAGUUUGCUAUGAGUCCUCCAUGCAACCUUCUUAGCCUGGAAAUCCCACAUGCAUCUGGAAUUGGAAAUAGGGUUUCUGACUCUUAGCCUUGAGAUCUUGGCUCAGCCCCCCAGCAAGAGUAGAGUUGGGGGCUAAAAAUCCUAACUGUUUAAAAAGAUAAUUGUAUCAUGAAUGGAAUUGCACAUCAACCAGGAGAGGAUGGUGUAAGAAACCAAGUGAGGAGAGGCAUCCCAAUCCCACGCAUCAGCUUUUGCUUUUCAAUUUGCCUUUUUUUAUUAUUUUUUCAAGUGUUUCAGGGGAGCUCUAGAGCAUGCAAGAUAACACACAGUGGGGAGCAACGGGACUGCCCCCAAGUUCCCAGGAGCCCAGCAGGUUGUACAAUUGAUAACUUUCAGCUACAAAAUUCAGAGAUUAGCCUUAACAUUAGUUCUUAUCUUUGUGUUUCUUCCCAGCCACAUUAAACUUUUGGUAAUUUCAGUGGAAGAGACUCAGAGAAUAUUGACACAUUUUUAUUCAGGAUUCCUACCUCAGCCUUACACCCAUCAUUUCUAUUGGCUGGGUGUGAGAAUACCAGACCUGUAGGACAUAGUCUGGAACUGCUGGUAGGUAAGUCCCUCAGAACAAGUAUUUGUAGAUGGGUGCUUGUCUUUAGUAACAUCUCUUUCUGUUGCUAAAGGCCCAUGUUUUACAAGGAUGAAAGAACAAGGGAAGAACUAGCAAGAAUAUGUAUGAAUAAUUUCAGAUUAAUUGGACUUUUCUAACUUCAGCCUCUUGAUCAUUUCUUUUAUUCAAGGCAAUCUGUUGUUUCAGAGACAAUCAGUGGAAUGAGUAUUUAGAGCUGCCAGCCCCGGUUUCCUAAUGAAAAAAAUGUUUUUUUUGAGAACAAUUUGAACUACCUUGUGCAUCUGCAACCAAGUGAAAUUGGGUUGAGCUGUAAACAUUUAUUGCUUUCCAUUUUGUGAACUCACUAGUUUUCCUGUGUGAAUGGGAGUGUGUGACCUUUACAGUUGUUGUCUUUCAGUACAUGUAUGUACCUCCUUCUCAAGUGUUACAGGCUGUUAAUGUUUCAUGGAGAACAAGCUGUCAUUGUACACAAUAAUACCUGAUUGCCCCAGCCCCACCAUUUGGUCUGAAAUCUGUGAAGACGGAAGAAGUGAUGUUAAUGCAGGAACUAGAAUGAAUUAAGCAAAAAAAUUUCCUAAGAGAAAUGUAUUUCUAUGUCAGACUUAUGUUAUUUACUGCUCAUGUCUUUGUUCUACUCAUGAAGAUAACAAAUAUGUUUUGCUGUAAUAUUUUGUUUUUGUUAGUGUCCAAUUCUUUAUUUCAAGAGAAAAUUAAAAGUUCUUAAUAAAUAUUCCCUGAUUGCAAUGCUGUAUGUAUGUGUAUAUAUGGAUGGCAUCAUUCCUUACCAUUAUAUGUUACUAAUAAAGUGUAUAAUGCCUAAA